AGUGAAAUUAGGCUAUGUAUAACAGAGGGGUGGACGUUGGACCGGGUUGCUGUACCGGGCAAGUGCCUGACCCUUCCCCUGCCCGCGCCCGGAACCUGGCUGCAGGUGUAUGUAUGCCACGUUGUACACUACGACCGCUUCUACGUGCAGUUACCACAAGAGACAAAGAAAGAGGAGGCGUCCAGUUUCGGCGUGGUGCUGCCGCCGAGCUCGCUGGAGGCGCUGGUGCGGGACAUGAACAGCCCCGCCGCCCGCAUGGCGUAUAAACCUUUCACGUUAGCUCCGGCGCUGGGCGAGCUGGUGGCGGCGCUGUACCCCGCUGAUGAGAAGUGGUACCGCGCCCGCGUCGUCUCCUCCACCAGGGUCGACCAGAAUAUUGAAGUGAUGUACAUCGACUACGGCAACACGGCGUGGGUGCUGGAGGACGGCGUGCGGCAGCUGGCGGCGCGGCACUGGGCGCUGCCGGCGCAGGCGGUGCCGUGCGCGCUGGCGGGCGUGCGCUCGCGCUCGCAGCUCAGCCGCGACUGGGCGGACGCGCGCGCGCUCCUCACCGCACUCAUCUCCGACAAGACGGUCUCCGCGCGCGUCAUUUCUCGGGAAUACGACGGAUUGACGCUAGAAUUGUUCAACAACGAGGGCGACAGUAUCGCGGAGCGGCUCGCUGAGAGCAAGCUGGUGGAGUUGACGGAGUACGCCGUCUGCGACGACAGCGCCAUCACACAGCGCGUCGUAGUGCCCUAGUCUCGCUAUACACAUCACUAGUAAGCCUUCAAUCUGUAAACACAAGACAUCACUAGUGAGCCUUCAAUCUGUAGACACAAGACAUCACUAGUGAGCCUUCAAUCUGUAGACACAAGACAUCACUAGUGAGCCUUCAAUCUGUAAACACAAGACAUCACUAGUAAGUCUUCAAUAUGUAAACACAAGACAUCACUAGUGAGCCUUCAAUCUAUAGACAAAUAGACACACUGUUAAUAAUAAGCCACUUCGUUUUCUGUAGCGAUACUAUAGACGAGAUAUCUCUAAUUGUUAAGCUUUUCUAAUUGUGCCUAAGCCUGUUACAUUAUCUGUAGUAUAACUAUAGUCAAGAUGUUGCUAUGUUGCUGAUGGAGCUUCUUAUAUUAUCUGUAGUCCAACCAUAGACACUAAGGAGCCUCUUAUAUUGUCUGUAGCAAAACCAUAGACACACCACUAAAGACCCCAUUACAUUAUUGCACAAUCAUUGAUUUUGUGCCUUUAAAAGGCCUCUUACAUUAUCUGUAAAAUACAUACGAAAAGUCAAUAAUGAAGCACUUAUGUUAUCUGUAGUACAACUAUAUAAAGAUGUCACUACUGAGCCUCUUAUAUUAUCUGUAGUCCAACCAUGGACACUAAGGAGCCUCUUUUAUACAUAGACACACUACAAAAGAGCCUAUUACAUUAUUGCACAACCAUUGAUUUUGUGUCUAAAAGACCUCUUACAUUAACUGUAGAAUAUAUACGAAUUGUCAAUAAUGAAGCACUUACGUUAUCUAUAGUACAACUAUAGAAAGAUGUCACUAGUGAGCCUCUUAUGUUAUCUGUAGUACAACCAUAGACAAGACAGCAUUAUUAACGUAAGUACAUUAUGUAAUAGAAUCAUCUGUUUAUAUUAGAAUAGAAGUAUUAAUUACUUUUUCUAGAAAGUAUAAUCAAAUUUAUAAAUAAAUUAAAAUAUCUCCAAUUAAUACUAUUUAUGUACCUUUCUCUAAUAAUAGUAUAUUUGAUUUGACUUUGUAAUAUAUUUCUAUUUUGCCUAGCCUUGAAUAUGUAACUUAUGUAAGACAUAUGUAACAUGUAUGUAGAAUACAUUGCUUUCAUUUUUUGUGGUAAUAAAAACAGUACAUAAUAAGAAAACCGUCUUGUUUGUACACAUAUUGGCUGUCUUCGAUGAUUGUAAUUCAGUCAUAAAUUGUUCCUGUUUUUGUUACUGUGUUAACUAAGUGAUAUUUAGAGUAAUUUCAUUUAAGAUAAGGCUACUUGUUUUAAUUAAAUGUUUUAAGAGUAACAAAAUUAAUCCUUAUAAAAUUAAAUGACACGAAAAAAACUAAUAAUCAUUCAUUUGGUUCCUGCUUUGAUAGGUCACAUCACUAGUCUUUGACAGCUGUCAAAAUUGGUAUUUUUGUAGGUAGGUACUGUACAGUUUGUCUUCUUCACAUUUCUUAAGUAUUAAUAAACCUUACUUUUUUUAUUACAUUCAGACUGAUUGUGCUUUUAUUUUAUUACCAAUGAAAUCUGUAGUUCUGUAAUGUGGAACAACUUAGUAUUUAGUUCUUGACUUGACUUUCGAUUUAGUUAAUUGUGAAAAAGGGGAUAUAACGAUUUUAAAUAAACUUGUCUGUUUUAUUUCUAGGAAUUGUGCACACAAAUUAUAGAUAUAAUUAAGUAUUCAGAAAUAAUGUUCACAAAAUCAAAAGAUUAAAGGAAAUUAUUUCCGUUGUGAU